AUGGAAAAGAUCCUCGUCCUUCUGCUCGUUGCCCUUGCGGUGGUCUACGCGGUUCCUGACCCUCGGGGGAUCAUUAUCCACCUGGAAGACGGCGAGCUCUGUCUGAACAGCGCCCAGUGCAAGAGCAAGUGCUGCCACCGGGACACCGGGCUGAGCCUGGCCCGCUGCGCACCCAAGGCCAGCGAGAACAGCGAGUGCUCUGCCAAGACGCUCUAUGGGGUUUACUACAAGUGUCCCUGUGAGCGGGGCCUGACCUGUGAGGGUGACAAGUCCAUCGUGGGCUCCAUCACCAAUACCAACUUUGGUGUCUGCCACGAUGCUGGGCGCUCCAAGAAGUAAAGCCACUGAAGGAUGCUCCUCAUCCACCACCUCUCCCUGGCUGGCCACCCCCUUAACCAGCACCUCCCUUUUCCGAUUGGAUUCUCAGCAA